AUGGGCAACAGCCUGCGCAACUCCAGCAACCGCCCGGUGCCGGUCCAGACCGUCAAGUCCAAGAUCGCCAGCCUCGCGGGCCCCGAGGCCGCCGUCGCGCCGGGCGCGAGCGCCGCGUUCACGUGGGAGACGCAGGGCUACGGCGAGCAGUUCUGCUACGUCGACGGCGCGCGCAUCGCCAACUCGGCGGACCGCAUACACUGCGAGAGCCCGCUCAACCUUCGGGUGGCGGACGCGGGGAACCACACGUUGGAGGUGGUGCUGCUGGAUGUGUGCGGCCAGACGGUGGCCAACGGGCUCUUUUUCGGGUCGUGGGGCUGGAGGCCCAACAUCAGGUUCACGCCCCCGGCGCCCCCGCCGCCACCUGUGGACGCCAGCGGAGCUGCAGUUGCCCCCGCGGCGAUGCCCGCACCGCUCGCGCGGCCGGCGAACCGCACGCGGCGCGAGUCGGCGGCGGGGAGCGCGAAGCGGUGGCGGGCAGCGGGCGCGACGGCGCUGGCGGGCGCGGCGGCGUUGGCUCUGGCGCUGUGA